AUUUGCUGACGUACCCGGAACUGUUUCCAAGGUUUCUUCAGGUUUGGGAGGUUGCUCGGCGGCGAGUUGUGGGAGCCAAGGCAACCGGGAAUCUUCCCGGGGUCACAAGAGCGCCCCCUUGGCCCUCAGCUUCAGGGGCACAGCUGCGGUAAUGGCUCCAGUGUCCAGUUCCCGCAGCCCUGAGCGGGAGGCCUCUGGCUCCGGAGGAAGACGCCGCAGUUCGUCGAAGAGCCCCAAACCCAGCAAAUCUUCCCGCUCCCCGCGGUGUCGCCGGUCGCGCUCGCGUUCUUGUUCUCGGUCUGGUGACAAGAAUGGCCUAAGUCAUCAGCUGGGUGGUCUCAGCCAAGGUUCCCGAAACCAGUCGUACCGCUCGCGCUCGCGUUCGCGCUCUCGGGAGCGGCCCUCUGCGCCACGGAACACCCCUUUUGCUUCUACCUCCUCGUCCACGUAUUAUGGAAGCUACUCACGCCCCUACGGGAGCGACAAGCCGUGGCCUAGCCUUCUGGACAAGGAGAGGGAAGAGAGCCUGCGGCAGAAGAGACUAAGUGAGAGAGAGAGGAUUGGAGAAUUAGGAGCUCCUGAAGUAUGGGGACUUUCUCCAAAGAAUCCUGAACCUGACUCUGAUGAACAUACACCAGUAGAGGAUGAAGAGCCAAAGAAAAGCACUACUUCAGCAUCUAGUUCAGAAGAUGAAAAGAAGAAAAAGAAGAAGUCUAGUCAUUCAAAAGAAAAGUCUAAGAAAAAGAGAAAGAAAAAAUCAUCUAAAAGAAAACACAAGAAAUAUUCUGAAGAUAGUGACAGUGACUCUGAUUCUGAAACAGACUCCAGUGAUGAAGUUACAAAGAGGAGAGCAAAGAAAAAUAAGAAAAAGGAAAAGAAGAAGAAACACAGAUCGAAGAAAUAUAAGAAAAAGAAGUCUAAGAAGAACAGAAAAGAGUCUAGUGAUUCAAGUUCUAAGGAUUCUCAAGAAGAAUUUCUAGAGAAUCCCUGGAAGGAUCGAUCAAAGGCUGAAGAACCCUCUGAUUUAAUUGGCCCAGAGGCUCCAAAAACACUUGCUUCUCAAGAUGACAAACCUUUGAACUAUGGCCAUGCUCUCUUACCUGGUGAAGGUGCAGCUAUGGCCGAAUAUGUAAAAGCUGGAAAACGUAUCCCACGAAGAGGUGAAAUUGGCUUGACAAGUGAAGAAAUUGCAUCAUUUGAAUGCUCAGGUUAUGUAAUGAGUGGUAGCAGGCAUCGCCGAAUGGAGGCUGUGCGACUGCGGAAAGAGAACCAGAUCUAUAGUGCUGAUGAGAAGAGAGCCCUUGCAUCCUUUAACCAAGAAGAAAGACGAAAGAGAGAGAACAAGAUUCUGGCCAGUUUUCGAGAGAUGGUAUACAGAAAGACCAAAGGAAAGGAUGACAAAUGAGGAUUUUCCGAUUGCUCAGCAGAUAUUUUUAAUAACAAAAAAGAAAGUCUGGGUUCCAUACAUAUACCCAAAAAGAUUAUUAUGCUCUGAAAAAGCUUUACAGUGCUACUGUGCCUUCUAUUUAACUCUUUCAAUCCCUCAAUAAAAAGCUGCUUAUUGAUAUAUCUUUAGUAAGUUCUUUGGGUUAUUUUGGAUUGACUUACAACUUUCUGGUUUAAAAAUCCAAAAUAUGAGUGAAAUCCUACUGUAUUAAGGGAGGUGGCAUAGAGAGAAAGAGUCAGUGAGAUGAGAAACCUUAAUCACAUGCCAUGGUUCGGUGCUACUAUUGGCUCUACAUGAUGCUCUCCCCCAUCCCACUGAACUUGUGGGAAAUGAUCAUUCCUCUGUGUUGAAUGUGUUAUAAAUGGACUUGAUAUAUAGAAGCUAUAUAGGAGGCUAUUUUUGUUAACAAAAUGAAGGCUUUGCUGAAAAAAGCAAAUCUGGAAUUUGAAAACUGACUUGUAUAAUACAAUAUACAGUCUGCCCAGGAAUUAAUUAAUUUUGGUUUAAGUCCCUACCUCCAUUCUAAAACUAACAAACCAACAUUCAUACUAGCCUAUGGAUUUGUUUAAAUGAAAAUGUGAACAUUAGGUGGAAUUCCUAAUAAAUUACUUAAAAAUAGUUAUUUUAGGGGCUGGGGGUGUAGCUCAGUGGUAGAGCAGCAGGUGCUUGGCAUGUGUAAGGCCCUGAAUUUGAUCUUCAGUACUGCAAGAAACAAAAAGUUCUCUCAAAUAUAAAGUCUUGGGAAAUUUAUUGCUAUGCCAAUAUAAAUUAGUAUUUCUAAGUUGUACUUUAAUGAUAAGAUAACAUCUAAAAAGAGUGAGAGUCAACUACGGUCAAGAGUACUGAUUGGAAAAAUAUAGUAUUUUAACUUAGUUGUUUCAAACAGAUGUAGAUAAAAUGAUAUUAAACUUUUUAACCCUAUCCUUUAUGUAAUAGGUAGAUUUCAUUUUAAGCAUGGUUAAAGCUUUCAGUUUAUGUUUUUAUAUCUAUCAUUCAUUUUAAUUCUUAACUUUUAUAAAAGGCCCUUAUUUCAUCACAUUUUUGAAAGUAAAAAUUGUGAUCAUAAUAUUUUUCCUUCCCUUAUUUUGUUCAAUUUUAGUUAGGUCACAAGUGUAAAAGGGGAGGGGCAAUGUAAAUUUUGAUUUGUUAUGGUUGGAAACUGAUCUGUGUUGUUAUUAUGUACAUAGGAUGAAUUUAGGUUACUGGAUGAUGGGUAAAUUCAGACUGUGCUAUUUUUAAAUGCCCUCUGUCCUUAUAAUAGUUUAAAGUGGUUUUUUCUUUAAGGAAUUUAUAAGUAAAGCAGUCAUAUUUCAUAGUAUAGAGCACAGGUUUUUCUGUAUGUUCUAAGAAAAUGUCUACUUUUAACCCGCAACUACUGAACUAAACAGCUGUCAGCAUGUAACAACAUUCAUGACCCCUGAACUUGAAGGGAUUUGUGUUUAUCCAUUUUGCUGAGCCUAAUAAAUCUGUAGUUUCCUAAAGUUAAAAGGAAACUAGAGCUAAGCACAGUGGCACAUGACUGUAAUCCUAACAACUCUGGAGGCUGAAGCAGAAGGAUCACACGUUCUAGGUCAGCCUCAGCACUUUAGCAAGACCAUGUCUCAAAAUAAAAAAUUAAAUAAAUAAAUAAAUAAAUAAAUAAAAAGGGCUGGGGAUGUAGCUCGGUAGGAAAGCAACCCUGUGUCCAGUCCUCAGUAUUGCAAAAGAAAAACGGAACUAAGUUCCCAAACUUGUCUUAAUCCAUUUACUUCCUUAUAUAAUAAAACCUAAAGUUUAUAAUUCCCACUUAAAAGUUUUAUUCUCUAAGGACGUUAUUUUUUAAAAAAUAUUUUUUACUUAUAGAUGGACACAAUAUCUUUAUUUAUUUUUUAUGUGGUGCUGAGGAUCAAACCCAGUGCCUCACACAUGCUAGGCAAGUACUCUACCACUCAGCUACAACCCCAGCCCCAGGACAUUAUUUUUAGUUGGCAUGGUAGUUUUAACUGCAGCAAUUUUGUGAUAUCCGAAUAUUGUGAAUUUUUAUUUGAUUCUCUUGUGUCCUCCAGAGAGUAGAUGCUCAACAACUGUUUGUUGAGUAAAUGAAAGAAAAGGUAUUUAUUUCAGAACCUUACCAUUCCUUUCAUCGGGGUUUGUAUAGGAAAGAUCUGCCAAAGAAUUGUUUUGGUAGCAUAUUCUUUGGGGAAGUAAAGGGAAGAAUAAAAGGGCUAAAAGUAUUUCAUUUUCAGCUUAUUACAAUUAGUGCUUCAAACUAUGCUUAGUCACUUGAGCCAUGAGUCAAUAGUAAGGCUAUUGUAUUUUAAAUGUAUAUAUAUAUUUUUUUGUUGUUGUUGUUGUUCUCCAAGAAAACUUAUCUAGUUUCCCACCUCAUGUCUAUUGCUCUGAUAAGAUUAUCCCUCCUUUUUAAUUUAUUGUACAAAUAUAAUAGUAAAAAAAUAAGGAAGAAAAAUUACAGUUCCUUCACAUCAAUUAUCAUUUGUAUUUUGUGUUUCUUUCCAGUAUUUGUCUUUGUAAAUAUGUAUUCUAAAGUACUUGUAAGUAGUCACUCAGAGUAUAAUGUAAUUUUGUCUUUGGUGUUUUAAAAUUUGGCAACCAGACAAGGGAGUCUCACAGGAAAAUUAGAAACAAGUGAUAAUCUGGUGUGAGGAUAGGAAGACAAAAAAUAAGUGAGGGUAGUAACUGAACCCAUCCCUGUGUCAUUAUCCUCCCACCCCCAUCCUCAAGCCACCCAGCUGCUAAUGUAAGUAAAGUGGUAAGUUGAGGAAGGCAUCAUGCCAGGUUGCAGAGUUUUAAAAUGUAUUAUUUAGCAGUAAGAUUUAACUCACUAUAAAUGAAUGGGCCUAUGAGGAAGGGGAACCCUUCAAACUGAUUAUACUAUAAACUGUAAAACUAUUGCCUUUUUUUUUUUUUUGAUUCCCACUUGUGUCCAUAAAAGGUGUGUCUGGGCUGGAGACUUAAGUGCAGAGGGGAAACAAGAAGCCAAGUACUAAUCUUAGUUUGGUCUGAGAGGUGAAUUUUAGCACCUCUCUAAAUUCAGCUCUGUGCUUGAAAGGAUCUAAAGGAUGCAUAGAGGGAUAAUAAAAUCUUUUAGAAACAUACUAGUUAAUCUGCUAAUGUGAUGGAAGUUGAAUGGAAAAAUGAAUGCAAAAAAUUACAGCUGGAUUGUAUGCCGCAAGUUUAUUAUUCAAUAAAUAUUCUGUGGUUCGA